ACUCUCAUUACGCGGAAAGAGAAAGUACAUUGAUUCUAUGGUGGUUGUGAUAGAUUUUUCCUGUAAUAAAUAUAAAGUACAAGACUUUAUACCUUUAACCAACGCUAAAUAUUGACUCUUCCAUAAAUUGAUAUAGAAUACGCUACUUCCCGUAAUCGGAUUCUCUGAAAUAAAUUAUUGACCCAACCAUAUUGCGACACGUUUGUAAAUAUUUCCAUAAAAAAGUUGACUUACUUCGGCAAAGAUACAACCUCAUAAAUUUUUCCUUAAAUGCAUAUUUAUUUGUUGACCAUUUUUACAUUUGCAAUAUAUCUUCUUUUACCAAUAUUGUGUGUGUAUAUAUAUGUCAUAAGGGGAUAUGUAGAAUCACCAAACACUAUGACGCGCUCAAUCGUGAAAUACCAAUUUAUGGCUAAUGAAAGAGCAAGGAAUACAACCUUGCAGAAGAGGAAAGUGAGUUUGUUUAAGAAGAUGAUUGAAUUGAAGUGUUUAUGUGAUGUUGAUGCUUGUCUUGUGAUGUAUGAGAAAGAUGAAGUCCCACCAGAAGUCUGGCCUUCGCCUUCUGAAGCGCAACGUGUGAUGCAAAAGUUUCAAAAUUCAAAAAUUUUGGGUGCAAGUGCUAUGCUUGAUCAGAAAGCUUUUCUCCAGAAAAGCAUAAUGAAAAUGAAGAAGGAUCUAGAUAAAGAGAAAGAGAAAAAUGUAAAAUGUUCGAUGUUAAUAUGCUUGUUUGAUGAGAACGAUCAAGAGGAUUUGGAAGGAUUGAAGGGUUCGAUUGAAAGUGAGAUCAGAUUGGUUGAUCUUAUGAUUAAGGAUGCUUAUGAGAAGGGGAAAGAGAAGAUGGUUUAAAAACUUUCUUUUAAUGAAAUUUAUGUGAUUGAUCUAUAGAUAUAAAGCUAUUAGUUCUAUCUAAAUAAAGCUAUAAAGUUAUUUGGUAUACAUUAAUGUCAUUAGUGUUU